AUGGAUAAUACUUCCAGUUGUACAUUUAAUUUUAACGAAUCUGAUGAGUUACCUCAGAAUCCACGUGGGGUUUGGGUAAAUGUUGGGAAGGGUUCCCAGGCCAUUGAGCUGCGCAUCCAGAUACCUGGGCACCUGGGCAAGUUUACAAAAGCGGAAGUUCAAAGUGGUCCUGUUCUGGCGGCGAGCCUGGGAUGCUCCGCUAGGGAGCGCCUCGAGACGCUUCCGGGGGCGUGGCGUGGCCCGGAAGCAGACGGUGGUUUCCGCCCUCGCGCCCGGGCAGGCAGGCUCCGACCGGCCAGUGGAGCUGUAGCCGGGUUUCUGUCCCUCCUUGUGUUCUCGGCCGACAGCAUGCUCCAGUUCCUGCUUGGAUUUACUUUUGGCAACGUGGUUGGAAUGUAUCUGGCUCAGAACUAUGACAUACCAAACUUGGCUAAAAAACUUGAAGAGAUUAAAAAGGAUUUGGAAGCCAAGAAGAAACCCCCUAGUUCCUGAUGCCCACUCCAGCCCUACGUUCUGGAUACUCUGAUUCUGCCGCCCCUGAGGGGCCUCCUGUACCAUCUGAUCCCAAAGCUUUUGUUUUCAUCUUUUCAUCUCCAGCCACAGCAAUUUUCUUCUUUGAUAGAUCCAGUGUUGCCUCAGAGCAAAAGUGGGGCCAUAAGUUAAGAACUACCCUUUAUGUGUCCAACAGCCUUGCCUCUUCCCCCGCCCUUCCUUCCAGCUGACUGGAAUUAUGGUGCUAGUUUAGCAAAGUCGCUUCUCCCCUGUUGUUUGGGAUUUCUACUACCUUUUGUCGAAAGAAAAAUUAGUGAGUUUUUUGUAUAGCUGAUCAGAUACAAAUAAUGCUAAUUUCAUAGUUUUGCAGUUAUAAUGGGUGCUUGUUAAACUAAUUUGUUAUUAAAUUUUGUUGUUUCAAAGUAAUUAAAAUUAAUAUCUAGAAUCCAG